GAUACGCCGCCGCUGCGAACACGAAGGCGACCGAUCCUCCCUUCGCCUCGUUUGCAUCUGCCGCUGGUCCUUUGCCAGAUCUGCUAUUUGUUGCAGUGGCAUGUCUCUAUGGUGUUCUCGGGAUCACCCAGCGCCCUUAGUUGCGUGCAGCAGUAGGCGCCGGCGGCGGAAGGUUAACGCCGGCGAUUUAUCCUCGUGGGCGUCUCUGCACGAGGAUUUGGUGAGCCUAAUCGGAUGGCGAGUGCUAGCCGGCGACUUCCGUGAUUACAUCCGCUUCCGAGCUGUGUGUCCCCACUGGCGGUCCAGCACUACUUGCCCGCGCGGCCGCGGCAUCCUUGACCCGCGCUUCUAUCCGCGCGGGUGGAUGCUGCUGCCCGAGGGCCGCAGCCUCUACCCAGGCCACGGUAAGCUCCACGGCUACGUCCGAUUCUUCAACCUGUCAACUGGUGCCUUCGUCCGCGUCAGGCUGCCCCUUUUUAAGGAUCACUGCGUCCUCUACUCCGUCGAUGGCAUCCUCCUGCUGCAGAGGGACCAUGACACUGCCAUCCGCCUCCUUCACCCCUUCACCAGUGAUACCGCAGAGUUCCCGCCGCUGGAGACCCUCUUGCCGCAAGUGCGCUGCCGCUCGGAGGGGUCUCGGUGGUACUCUCUUAGAAGUAUCCGUGGUGCCAGCAUCAGCGUGGGUGCAGAUGGACUCGUCAGAGUAAUGAUGCGGCCAAAUGACGUGUGGAAUAUAUGUUUUGCUACCUCUGGUGAUCAGCAAUGGAGGGUCACAACAACCUGGGAGUGCAGCAAGCUUUCUUCUACAUUGCCAUUCCAAGGAAAGCUUUAUGUGUUGCUGCGACCUAAUUCAGUGAGAGGUGAGCAUGAGGUCAUACAGAUCGACCCACCCCAGCAGGAAGGUAUGGACAUUGGCUCUUUAUCGGAGCCAUCACCAAAGUUGAUUGCAAAAUUUAAAUGGCCAACAAGCGAUGAAAGCUAUUCAUUGUAUUACUACCGUCUGGUAGAAUGCAACUCAGAGAUUUUGGUGAUUGGCACAAAAUGGGAUGCAGUUUACUAUUCAGUUUACAGGCUAGCUGAUCUUAUGCUGGGAAGGAUUGUCCAUGUGACAUCCAUAGAUGGCAGUGCACUCUUCAUUGGUAGGAGGUCACUCUGUGUCAGCUAUAAGGUGUUCCCUACCAUUGUUCCUGACACCAUUGUCAUGCGAGAGACCAAAAUUUAUCUUAGUCAAUACCACCUCAGUAAUGGCACAUUAUCACAAGCAACAGAUGGAGUAAUUGCAGAAGAAAAAGAUAUUCCAGGUCCUUAUAGCAUCAUGUGCCAUAUCAUAACCUGUUGCCCUCCUUCAUACUGGAACAAAGGGAAGAUAUUAUGUAAGGGGUUGCCCACAUGGAAGGUGAAGAAAAAAAUUCGUUAUGGGGUGAGUCUCACCUAUAGUGCAAUGAUUCUGUUGUAUUUUAUUUAUGCAUAUUUAGGUUUUACUGCUGGGGAUGCCAUAUUUCACUAAAUAAAAGCUUUCCAUUUUUGCUGAAAGACACAAAAAAAA